AUGUUUUAUGUGCUAAAUUCAAGUCUUACUCCAAUUCCUCCACCAAAGGAUGAUGAUUGUGAAGAAAUUAUAGCACAAAGGAAAAAGAGAGAGGAAGAUGAAUUCAUGCGUAGAGGUCGCAUUCUUGACACACUUUCCGAUUGUCUUUAUAAUCUAUAUACUGUUGAACCUUCGGCAAAGAAAUUCUGGAAUGCUUUGGAAUUCAAAUACAAAGCCGAGGAGGAAUGUACCAAAAAAUUUCUUGUUUCUAAGUAUUUUGAGUUCAAGUUUAACGAUGAUAUGCCUAUUUUGGCACAAGUACAUGAACUGCAGGUUAUAGUAAAUCAGUUGAGGGUUGCGGGAAUUGAACUCCCUGCGUCUUUUCAAGUUGGAGCAAUUAUAACAAAAUUGUCAGCAUCUUGGAAAGGAUAUAGGAAGAAAAUUCUCCAUGAUUCUAAAGACUUUUCUUUGGAAGAAAUUCAAAAGCACCUUCGAAUUGAAGAGGAAUCGAGGGAGAGAGAUAAGAAUGAAAAUUCUUAUAGUGGCAAUAAUAAAGCCAAUGCUUUGAAUAAGCCCUCAAUUAAAUCCAACAAAGAAAAGCAAAUUCAUGUUUGCUAUGACAAGUCCCUCUCCAAGACUUACAGAGAAGUUACUGAUGAGCAAGAGGUUCAAAUGGGAAAUGAAGGAAGGUCGAAUUUUUUUGGUUAUGCCUCAAAUGCCAAAGCUUAUCGACCUCUUAAUUUAGAGUCAAGUGUAAUUAUUGAACCUCAGAUUGAUGUCAAAACAACAUUCUUAAAUGGUGAUCUCGAUGAGGAGGUCUAUAUGGAACAACCUGAAGGGUUCGUUAUUCGGAGAAAUGAACAUAAAGUUUAUGACAUGUUUAUUGUAAGCAAUGAUAUGAAUGGAAUUAUAACAACAGAGAGGUUUCUAUCUUCCUCAUUCAAGAUGAAUGAUCUUGGACAAGUUGAUACCAUAUCGGGUAUCAAGAUUAAAAUAAAUAGUGGGGGAUAUGUAUUCAAUCAAUCUCAUUACAUUGAAAAAGUGCUAAAUAAAUUUAGUCACUUAAACAUAAAAGAGGUUUAUACCUCGUUUGAUCUAAGCAUCAAGUUAAUUAAAAAUGAAGGAAGAGCGGUGGCUCAACUUAAGUAUGCAAGAGCUAUUGGAAGUCUUAUGUAUGCUACACAAUGCACAAGACCAGAUAUGGCAUUUGCAGUUAGUAAAUUAAGCAGAUUUACUAGCAAUCCGAGUAUUGAUCAUUGGAAGCCAUUGAGCGAGUUUUUGGGUUUCUUAAGAAAACUAAUGAUUUGUGUAUCCAAUACUAAAAGUUUCCUGCUAUUUUAG